AUGUCUCGAGACUAUGUUUCUAAUAAAAAUGAUUAUUUCUUGUUCACCAAGGGUUCAGGUGAUUUUGUGAUGGUCCUCGGUGUGUAUGUAGAUGAUAUUUUACUGGCUAGUUCUGAUGUUACUAAAAUGAAGGCACUUAAGUCCUUUAUAGAUGAGCAGUUCAAAAUUAAAGACCUUGGUGAUGUUCAUUAUUUCUUGGGGCUUGAAGUACAUCAUACUUCUCAAGGUUAUCUGCACACUCACCCUGAUAUUUCAUUCUCUGUCCAACAUUUAAGUCAGUUUCUCCAGGAUCCUAGGGUGCCACACAUGCUUAGUGCCAUUCACUUAUUGAGGUUCCUUCUUAAUGAUCCUAGACAGGGCAUUCUUUUACGUGCUUCUUCUGAUUUAUUUCUUCUUUCCUAUGCUGAUUCAGCUUGGGUCCUGGGUGGCUCGGGUGAACUCCGGGAUGGCUUCGAAUCAUUUGUCCUUAUUUUACGACUGCUGGAACUGGUUUCUGGUGCUGUUCUUCGCGAACGCGAAGGGUCUCACGUGUUCAUGAAGAACGGAUUUGGACUGCUGGGAAUUUCCCAUCGCGAACACGAAGAAUAG